ACUGUCACUACCGCUGUGCUCUUGGAAUAACAAAAGCGAGUAGGGAAAUGCUAUGAAUGGUUCGAACCGGACAAGAAAAGUGCAAAGAAGGUUGUUUCCUCAGGAGAGCGAAUGUAUGGAGCAGUAGAGUCUCCGGUAGUUAAAGACCUUGGUUUCACGUCAAGUUUUUUCGGGAGCCAAAACACUGCAUGCGCCGUAGAACCACCGUGUGUUCUUCGCUUCAGUGAACAGGGCCCGUGUCCAAUGUCCGCUGGAAUUCGACCGGCCACAACGUAUUAAUCGGUCAGUGACUGCUCAUGUCAUCCAACCGUACACAAAAACUCCCUUGUAGUGUUUCGUCUCAUCUUAUUUUCUUUGGCCUAUUCACGGCCUGACUCGAAAUAAGUCUCCGUUGUUGGUUGGUUGGCUGGCUGACUGCCGAGAGAUCUCACUGUCUUUAGAGACUGUCUCACCGCUGUAGCCACUCGAGUUUCACCACAACCCAACAAACAGACUGAAACAUCUGUAACCAACUAGCAACUGGCAACUUGAGACCCUGACAGCUAGCCACCAUCACUCUGGGAAAAAAAAUCUCCAAGAGAUUUCUGGGGGUCUCAAGCUCCAAUGUCUUUUUGACUCAACCGUUGCCGAAAGGUACACCGAUUUAAUUACGGCGAGUUUUGCUCCGAGAAAAUUACCUGGGCGGGUCUUAAGGAGUCUGUCACGGGAAGCAGACGGGGGCUAGGAUCUAGCGAUCCUGGCUGAGUCGAAUCUGGACAGCUUGGUGUGUUUAGCGGGCUGUUCCAUCAAGCUUGCCCCCCGAGGCUCAGCGCUCUACCCGGCCCACCGUGCCUUCAUCAUCGGGCGGCGCACGGGGACUGUCAGCCUCGCCGGCCCGGGCUGUGUCAUCGGUACUUGCGCUCGGAGCGAGGGAGGGUUUUCCCGCGGUAUAAUCGACAGCAAUUGGACAUUGAUUGGACCGAACUCGAGGCUGUGGUCAGUCUUCCGGUCACCAGAACUUAUUGAAGACAAUUUCAUCCACCUCCAUGCCUGCUGUACAUGUACAUCGACUGCAAAUCCCCUACCCCCGUCUCGUGUCGAUCGCAGAGUGAACACUGCAUUCACUGCUUCUUCUCUUUCAACUGACUGACCGCACAAUAUAACGGGCACAGUCACCAAGAGUAGAUUACUGGAAUUACUUCCGACCAAGCGGAACAGCGUCAACAGCAGAGGCUUAUCGCCACCCAAAAACCAACCGGGACGUUUGGACCAAAACACCCGUCAGGUUCCAGUGGAAUCACGGUGCUUUUUACUUGCACGUUUGUUAAUGCCGUAUCUUCGGGUAACUCGACGGUGCUACAGCCAAACUUCCAAGUUCGCUCCCUCAGUGCAUAGGAAUUGUCUUUGUCAUCUGCCUUCGUUUACCACGGAUACUCCAAAUGUCGACAGGAAUCAUUUCGUCUACUAGAUCCCCAUCGGACCACAGUGUCACGCACAAAGAAUUUCCUUCGCACAACGGAACGGAAGCGUAUUCUGCGCAUGGUCACAGUGGGAUCAAUCAGCUAGGUGGUAUGUUUGUCAACGGUCGCCCUUUACCGGAUUCCACGCGGCAGAAGAUAGUGGAGCUGGCCCACAGCGGCGCCCGACCCUGUGAUAUUUCCCGUAUCCUCCAAGUCUCGAACGGCUGCGUGUCCAAGAUCCUUGGCCGUUACUAUGAGACGGGAUCCAUUCGGCCCCGUGCUAUCGGGGGAAGCAAGCCGCGAGUGGCUACCCCGCUGGUGGUCAGCCGGGUCGCCCACUACAAGAGGGAAUGUCCGUCCAUCUUUGCGUGGGAGAUUCGGGACCGACUGUUAGCCGAGAAGGUCUGCACGCAGGAAAAUAUACCAAGCGUCUCCUCCAUCAACAGAGUACUACGCAGUCUUGCAGCCGAGAAGAAUAUGGGUCAUGACGCCAUGUUUGAUAAACUACGCAUGCUCAACGGCCAGUGGCCCCGUCCAGGCACGUGGUACUCUCCUAACGCCGCCAUGCCGGGCCAACACAUGAACCACGUGCACGAGGUUGAAAGCAGCUGCAAGAAAGAAGGUGAUGUAGACUUGAAAGAUGAUGACAGCGAGGAAGCACAGGCGAGGCUAAGACUGAAACGAAAACUCCAAAGAAACCGAACUUCCUUCACAGCCCAGCAAAUUGAAGAACUCGAAAAGGAAUUUGAAAGAACACAUUACCCGGAUGUCUUUGCUCGAGAGCGUCUGGCACAAAAGAUUGACCUACCAGAGGCCAGGAUACAGGUAUGGUUUUCUAACCGUCGGGCCAAAUGGCGUCGGGAGGAAAAACUGCGGAAUCAGCGACGCCAGCAGACAGAGGCGUCGCCGCAGUCUUCCAGCCAUCUUCCCAUUAGUAACCUGGGCGGCUUCUCUAAUAUCAGCAGCGUGUACCAGCCCAUAGCUCAGCCUUCGGCUCCCAUGGUGCCCCGUACUGCUGAGAGUUACAGCGCCCUCCCACCUGUGCCCAGCUUCAGUAUGGCUACAGCUCCCAACUUGAACGUACAGCCACCGAGGGAUUCCGGAAGUUACCGGAGUAUGAUGGGAUCGGUGUCCCAUGGUUACCACCACGAAUCACUCUACGGCAGUCCCAACCAACACCACGCCAUGCAGUCACAUCACGUGCCCCACUCCAGCCAUGGACAUAUGCAGAGCCACCACAUGAACAGCGCUUGCAACAAUGGUGCAUUCUCAAGUCUCAUUUCACCAGGAGUCUCAGUUCCCGUACAAGUCCCAGGAGGAAACUCUAACGACUCUCAUUCCUCUCAAUAUUGGCCUCGUAUCCAGUAAACACCAAACUGAUGGACUACUUAUUGUGACCACCUGUAGACGGCCCUGCUGAUUCCAAAACUCGGGAUAGAGGUUGAUUGGCACCGAGGAAUGGGAAGAGCUUGACAAGAAAUGAGAACGUAUGGCCGUGAGAACAAAUCAUGAGCUCAAGGUUGUUGUUGCUAUAGUGAGACUUGAUGGAGCUUUGGAGCGGGAGAAACUGUAGAUAUUCUGUGUUUCUGUUCGUAUCGGCAACCACCCUCUUUUGGUUAGAACGCGGAACUUCCUGGAACUGAUCAGUGCCGAAACUUACAAGACGAAAGGUGAUGCUUCAAACAUGAUGACCAGUGGCAUGCUCAGAGAGAGGUUACUGCGGUCAAAGGUCGUUGGUCGGGGUAGAUGUCAUUUCCUAAGUGCAACAAAUACAGUGAUAUUUCGUUCUGAUGUACAUAAAGGUGAGUGAUGGGCCACGGAGUCACCAACUCAGACUCGAGAGUGUAGAGUCGGUUUAAAUAAGGGAUAUCCACCGACCACGACGUUAUCUGGAAAGACGGUUGUUAGCAGUAAUGUAUUGAAAUGAUAUCUGCAUGUGUUUCAAAAUGAGGCUGAAAGGUUUUAAAAAGAGGCUGGGUGUGGCUUCCAAUGGAGAAAAAUAUUAGGCAAGAAUUCAUCUACGGGUCGUCACACCAGAUUUGAUGUAACUCGAGGCAUCUCCUAACUUGUUUGUAGGAUUUCGACUGAAGUAGUUGUCGAGUUCUGUGUCAUGUAUAGGCCACCGUAUUAAGUCCACACUGUACUGAGAUAAUUAAUGUCGAAUCUCACCGACUGUGAUUUUUGGACAUUUUAGUUGAAAUUUUGCUUUCUUUUCUACUAUCUCAGGAACGUUUUGUCGUCGAUGUUAAAUAUGAAAUGGGAUAGAUGAUUUAAAAAGUCAGCCGAUUCUUGUAAAAUAUUUGUCUUAUGUCGUCUUGAAAAUGGUAGUGGUAAAAUGUAGUAUAGCCGAUAACAGCCAGUAGUGCAAACCGGUUCUAUAGUUAGAAUAGCUUUAUUCAAUGAUGAUUAGUGAUUUUAUGGUAUCGUUGUUACAGUAAAUAAUCUCUGGUGUAUUAUUACUAUUUGUCUUUUUUUAUAUCUGGACAUAGCCAACCGAGCUAGUUGGGUUUAUUUGUCUUUUCAACCGUGAUGAUUUUGCUACUGACAUUUCCCUGAGGUUUGGGUUUUAACUGGGCCGCUUGUCGAACAAAAGUAAAGUAGGAGUUUUAUGGUAAGCCUACCUGUCGUCUUUUCCAUUUUAUGAAAGGACUAUUUGCGAGUGUUGUGAAACAUUGGAGUAUGACGACUCUUGUUAGGAACGGCUUAUAUGCCAUUUGCGUUAAUGGCCCUCUAGCGGCAGGUUCUUCUUUUUUUUCAUAUCCUGGCUUUGUUUUCAAUGUCGGCUUUACUGAACGCCUGCUCCGUAUGUGAAUCACUGGCCUUACCAAACCACAUAGAAAAUACAUGUCAUCUAAAAUUUGGCUCCAUAGGGAGUUCAGUGUCCCCCAGACCGAAGUUAACCGUAUUAGGGGUUUUAAAACUUCUCUUGAAGCCUACUCGGAGACGGGAUAGGGGCUCGAAAGUGACAAAUUGCAUGCCCCAUCGAUUUGGUGGAAGUAACCUCUGACCUUACUAGAAGCGAGCCGCCCCAAACGGAGAGAACGCGGCCGUUGAUGCUGUCAGUUUGAGAAUCAGUUUUUUCCCUGUGGACACCUUAAUUCUUCACCCUGAAAUAAUAACUUGUGGGAAAUUUUAUGGAGUUGGACGGUUGGAUUACUAAUGUUAAAGGGUUGUGAACAAAAAGACAUUCCGUGUGAGCUACGCAUAUUAACCUUGAAGUGUUUUAUUGAAAUGUUUAUAAUCGCGUUUUGGUAGGAUGCGAACUUCCUGCCAAAAUCGUGUCACCUACACGGGUCCAAGCGGGACUAUCUUUAUGAAAUGUUUAACUAUUUUUGUCGGUAUUUCUGACGUGAAGUUACCCUAACGAAACAAUGACAACAGGAGAAAAGUAAAUUGUUUCGCAAAGACUUCUUAACUUUGGUUUGGUUUUCGUCAAUGCUUGUUUUUUUUUUCCAAAAGGCCUCAUCAACCCUUUACCAGAGUUGAAAUUGGGAGCACUAAUGGCAGCCCUGAAUCUUGUUCAUAAGACUUCAUCUUUGUUGGAAUGAUAGACGUUUGAUGUUUGCAGUGUACGUGUAUUUUUCCCUUUUGUUCGUCAGCUGUGCCUUUUUUCAGCAUUAUUGGUAAUCAAGUUUCUUCCGUUAGGACGUCAUCUUUUCAAUUCUUCUGAUGACGUCAUCUAUUUAUAAUCACCAUCUGCACAUCGUAACAAUUAUUGAAAUUUACAGGGUUUCUGGGGAGAAAAUGGGAUGUUGUUCAUGUAAUGCGAGCUGUAUUAACAAUUCAGGCAAUUCACAAUAGUGCGCCACCAAGAGUUUGCAACGCGUUGACCAAUCACAAUGCGCGAGAUCUGUCGAGCCAAUGCGCGUUUGGAAAGGGUCGAGAGGUUUCGCGCAUUGUGAUUGGCCAACGCGUCGCAAUCUCUUGGAGGCGUGCUAUUGUGAAACCCCAUAUUAACUGAGACGAGAUACAAGGGUUAAAUUCCUGAUUGUUUCAUACGAUAAUCUCAUUGUAUAACCCGUUAAAAACAUGCGAGUCGGAGAAUAUUUUAAUUGAUGUGGAUACAUAUAUAUCCCAUUUAUUUCGUCGUUUACGAUACUUUAUUUACGAAUAUUAAUGAAAGAAAUAUAAAUCUCCAAAGACUAAGCUACAAAAGAGGCUAAAAGUGACUUGUGUAUGUUUAUAUAAAGUUUA